UGUACGAACUUAAAUAAAUACAUUGGGAGGGCAGUUAUGACUACUGUGUGAUAUGAAGACAUUGGGAGGGGUAUUAACGUCUUAUAUAAAGCUGUGAACGGGGAGACAUAAGACAGUUCAACUUACAUUUUGACAAGAAGACUUCCUUCAGCAUGGGUUCUCUCGUCCGUGUGGUAGUGUGUGUGCUGAUGUUGGUGGUUGUGUGUCGAGCUCAGUGCUUCUUCCAGGAGCUGGAGACCAAAGACCCCAAGACUCCAACAAAGGGGUGUGUGGAUAAGGAGGGAAAGCAGCAUGUGUUUGGUUCUUCAUGGGUGAAGGACUGCUAUGACUGUUCCUGCUCCAUGCGAGGCAUCGGAUGCUGCAACAGGAUCCCAGAGGUGGUGGAUCUCUCAGCAGAGUGUGAGCUGGUGGUGGACAGAAAAGCCUGCUCAUACAGAGUGGUGAUGAAGUCAGACAAGACCAAGGACUGUAACAGCUCCUUCAGUAUGGUCUUGUAAAAAUGUCUGCAUGGUUGCAUGUACACACCAACAUGUAUAGAUGGAACUUACAUCAAAUAAAACAAGGCAACAGUGAACAUGUCAAUGUUUAUUUGGAUCCCCAUGAGCUUUUUCAGAAGCAGCAGCUACUCUUCCUGGGGUCCACAAAAACAGAAACCAUGACAAGUAACAAACACUGAUACACUGAUAGAUCAGAACAGUCCAACAAAUGUAAAAUAUAAUGAUAUACAAACAAUGCAGCUAAAAAAUAAAAACAGUUCAACAAAAA